UCUCCCCUCAGGGCCGUUGGCGAGCGGGCGCUGCCCGCAGAGCCGCGCUGGUGCUGGGGCCCGGGCCCCAGCAACCCUCACGGGAGACAACCCGGGGAGGCGGUGGCCCCGGUCGGCGCGGCGGGGGCGGGGAGGGGCCGGGACUCUUUGACGCGGCGGAGGGGUCGGGCUACGGCCGAAGCGCCGCCAUCUUUGGUCCAGUGCGGCGGCGGCGGCGGUGGCGGCGACGACGGUGCCGGCGGCGGUAGUGAAGGAGGAGGAGGAGGAGGAGCCGACGGGCGCUGACACCGAGGCCUGACCAUGGAUGAGGAAUAUGAUGUGAUCGUGCUGGGGACCGGCCUCACAGAAUGUAUCCUGUCGGGUAUCAUGUCCGUGAACGGGAAGAAGGUGCUGCAUAUGGACCGGAACCCCUACUAUGGGGGCGAGAGCUCCUCCAUCACCCCCCUGGAGGAGCUGUAUAAGCGUUUUCAGUUGCUGGAGGGGCCCCCUGAGACGAUGGGCCGGGGCCGAGACUGGAACGUUGACUUGAUCCCCAAAUUCCUCAUGGCCAAUGGACAGCUGGUGAAGAUGCUACUGUAUACAGAGGUGACACGCUAUCUGGACUUCAAGGUGGUGGAGGGAAGCUUUGUCUACAAGGGGGGCAAGAUCUACAAAGUACCGUCCACCGAGACCGAAGCCUUGGCUUCUAACCUGAUGGGCAUGUUUGAGAAACGGCGCUUCCGCAAGUUCCUGGUGUUUGUGGCAAACUUUGAUGAGAAUGACGCCAAGACCUUCGAGGGCGUUGACCCCCAGAACACCAGCAUGCGUGACGUCUACCGGAAGUUUGACUUGGGCCAGGAUGUCAUCGACUUCACUGGCCACGCCCUGGCGCUCUACCGUACCGAUGACUACCUGGACCAGCCCUGUCUUGAGACCAUCAACCGCAUCAAGUUGUACAGCGAGUCCCUGGCCCGGUAUGGCAAGAGCCCGUAUCUGUACCCACUCUAUGGCCUUGGCGAGCUGCCCCAGGGCUUUGCAAGGUUGAGUGCCAUCUACGGGGGGACCUACAUGCUGAACAAACCCGUGGAUGACAUCAUCAUGGAGAACGGCAAGGUGGUGGGCGUGAAGUCCGAGGGAGAGGUGGCCCGCUGCAAGCAGCUGAUCUGUGACCCCAGCUACGUUCCAGACCGCGUGCGGAAGGCUGGCCAGGUUAUCCGUAUCAUCUGUAUCCUCAGCCACCCCAUCAAGAACACCAACGAUGCCAACUCCUGCCAAAUCAUCAUCCCCCAGAACCAGGUCAACAGGAAGUCAGACAUCUACGUGUGCAUGAUCUCCUACGCACACAACGUGGCCGCGCAGGGCAAGUACAUUGCCAUCGCCAGCACCACGGUGGAGACCGCAGAGCCCGAAAAGGAGGUUGAGCCGGCCCUGGAGCUGCUGGAGCCCAUUGACCAGAAGUUUGUGGCCAUCAGUGACUUGUACGAGCCCAUUGACGAUGGUUCCGAGAGCCAGGUGUUCUGUUCCUGCUCCUAUGAUGCCACCACACACUUUGAGACAACCUGCAACGACAUCAAAGACAUCUACAAGCGCAUGGCAGGCUCCGCUUUUGACUUUGAGAACAUGAAGCGCAAACAGAACGAUGUCUUUGGAGAAGCUGACCAGUGAUUGCCGACCCCUGCCGCAGCCCCUGGUGCCCUCUGCCCCAACCUGAGCCUGUCUUCCUCAAGGGCUGGGGAGAUGGGCGUGGCUGGGCACCCCGUUUCCAGCAUCUUCUGCUUCCCCCACCACAUUCCUGUCAUCCACCUCAUUGAUUCACUGACCAAAUCCUUAACCUUAGUGAUGGUUUGGGAGACGGGGGGGGGGGGGGUUGGUUAGUAUCCUCUUUCUUGGCCCUUCCUUAUCCUGGGAGAAGGGGGUUCCUCUCCUUGUGUGCGUCUCUCCCCCCACCCCUAAUUCUUCUGCUCUGUUUGGGAGGAACGUGGAGGAAAAGCUGACUUCUGCCCCCACCGCUCUUACCCCUGCUCUAGUGGCCUUUGGAGAUGCCCUCUGCCUCCCCCCACCAGCUCUUGUGUGUUGGAGAGAAGGGGCCCUCCCAGCACAAAGUUGCAGUCCUUUCCCUACCCCACCCCCGUAAUUUAUUCUAAUUUAUUAACUUUGGCCCACCCUGUGUGAGAAGGGAGCACUGUGCCCCACAGCCUCACGGUGCUGCCUGGGGCUGUGGAGCAGCUACCCUGGCCUGGCCUUCCUAACCCUGGAGACCCUGGUGCAGCCUGGGAAGGAAGAGGGCUUGGGUGUGGCCCCAUUGGAGGUUGAUUUGGUUUUUGUUUCUUGUCUUUGUGUCUGCUGGUACUUGCUGAGAGAGAAAAGACAUGUGAGCAAAGCAGAAGGAGGUGGGAAAAUGGAUCCAAACCCCAUGUGCCCUGCCCUAUUCCUUCCCCUUAGUGGUGGGAAACCCUUAUCUUGCAAAGUGAAUGUGUCCCCUUCCCCAACCUCUAGUGUAUUUCACAGAAAACAAAACCUCCCAAUAAAACUGUGUUGAAACCUGA